AUAUUUUCACCGCUAUAUGUAUUUUCUGUAUCGUUAAUCAUGUUAUAUUUAGUUUCUGGGAUAGAAAGCACUGUUUAUAACAAUUAACACUUGUGAUCAUUCGUAAGUAAAAGGCACAGACUUUACUUAUCUGCAGUGUAAAUAUCGUCGUGGAUAGGAGACUUUUUGGGUCCAAGGUCGUGGUUAUCAUUGAUAUUAACGGACGCGUUGCAGACGCAGUCAAUCGUUCGCCAUGCCGCUCCCCGCAGACAUCGACCAACUUCACCCUCAGACUCAGGCCCUGCUUCGAGCGGCCGCAGAAAAAGGGGGGAAGGGAUAUGAAGAAGGUGAAACCAUGGAAGAGUCACGAGCAAUCGCGGAUGCCAUGUUCGAGGAUGCCAACCAGGGGGCAAACUACCAGUUUAAAGGAGAGAAGCAGAUAUGCACGGUUCCUUCUCCUCAUUGCCAAGAUGGAAUCACUGUGUGGGUAUUCAGACCAAAACCGUGUCCCCCAAGUCCUACCAUACUGGUAUAUUUCCACGGAGGGGGAUUUGUGAUUGGCGACCUAAGAGGUCACGAUACCGUGGUGAAGACAUUAGCCGACAAAACGGGGUGCAUAGUUGUCAACGUGAACUACCGUCUGGCUCCUGAGCACAAGUUUCCUGCAGGAAUUGAUGACUCUGUAACAGCGGUCAAGUGGGUUAUGGCCAACAAGGAGAAGCUCGGCGGCAGUGUAAGCAGUAAAGUUGGCGUCAUAGGUGACAGUGCUGGAGGACAUCUAGCGGCGACCAUGGCUCAUGAGGUGCCGGGGGUGGCACUACAGAUUUUGAUCGUCCCGGUCACUGAUUGGCGGAUGCAAACAGACUCAUACAAGCGUUACAGUGAGGGAUACUUCAUGUCGGCUAAACAAAUGGUGUGGUUUGCUUCAAAGUUUUUUACUUCUGAUGCUGAACGGACUGACCCCAGGGCCUCCCCGUUAUUGAGGUCUGACUUCCAGAAUCUACCUCCUGCUCUGUACAUUGCCGCCAGUCACGACGUCUUGGUGGACGAAGGGAAAGCAUACGCAGAAAAAAUGAAGGCAGCUGGUGUACAUACGGAGACACUAAUGCUGGAAGGAGUGGUGCAUGGAUAUAUUAUAUUCCCACAUGUCUGCAAAGAAGCAUUUGAUGCUACUUUGAAGAAAAUUGACGACUUCGUUAAAACAUAUGGACGUUAAACUACAUGUAUGUUGCUACUCCUAGACAAAACCCUCUCCUUCAAAAAAUGCAAAAAUUGAAUAAAAUAUGGGGAAUUUUUGAAGCGAAGAUGAUCCCCAAAGUACACGUGCCACUGGACUUUCAAUCAGCUUCAUACACUGCAAGCUAGUCCAUUAUUGUUUUGGAUGAUUUUGCACUUUGGAGACGUAUUACAAUUUAUAAAUGAAAUAUUCAGAGAAAAUCUGCAUCUGGCUGUUAGCCAUAGUGUCUUUUUUCUCAGACGUUUGUUUAAGUUAAGUUUAGUUUUCCCUCUUUCUAUAUUAAUUUACCCAUCUCUUUCCGAUAACAGCUACAGUAUUUCGUUUAGUGGAUUGUUAAAUCAUUCCACUUAUAAGAAGCGUGUUCCAUAAAUAA